AACACUCCGAAAAGUGAAGUGCAGCAGAAAAGUGAACAAAGCUACCCUUUCGGACGCACAAAAAUUAACAUGCCGAACUGUGCGCUGCAUUAAUCUAUUCCUGCAGAACGGGAUGUAUUGUGAAAGAGAGGAAGAGAAAAGACGUUAAGCACUAGGGGAGCGUUGCGAGACGAGAGGGGAAUGAAACGAAAGGGUCGAGCCUCACGAGAGAUAGAAGUCGUACAGGCAGUUGGUGUGGUGGAGAGGCGCCCUUCUGCACGUGCCUCUGGCACAUAGAAAGAGCACGAGGACUAAUCUGUUGAACUGCAAAGCAAAGUAACAGCAUCGGCAUCCAUGGGGAGGAACAGGGUAGUUUCUGUGAGACCCAGUUAGAUCUUCUGAGCUUCCUGCAGUCGUUCUUCAAAGCUGCUGAUGAUGAGGGGUUUUGAAGACUGUGAAGGUGAGAUGCACAACUCGGACAGGACCUCCGCAGAGAUGUCGAAUGGGGGCGACGCGGCCUCCAGUAAGACCCUAACCCUGCUGGACAGGCUUCGGCUGUGCCAGCCUGCCUGGGCCCUCGGCAGCCCCUGGACCCAAGAGGCGGUUCACACUGCGCUUUGGGGUCGACAGCCUGGGAGCUUCCUGGUGCUUCUAGACUCGAUGUCCCGCCCACAGCUGUUAUGCAUGUCUGUAGGAGGCCGCGGUGAACCCGUGAAGGACUUCCCCAUCCGCAACACUGGUGCAGUGUUGCACCUCUCAGAGUCCCACCUGGGUUUCUCAGACCUGGACCAGCUAGUGGCCUUCUAUUCUCUGAGCAGGGAUGUGCUGCCGGUUUCUUUGUUCAUCCCUCCAUGUGUCUUCGGCUUUACUGAGCAACCAGAGCAAGUGUUGUCCACCCUAGGCCCCAAGUCUUGGCUAUGCUCCAGCCUGGACCCAAGUCAUCUGAUCCCAAAUCCAUCUGGACUCAGCAUGUGCUCCAUACAGGUGACCUCUGCAAAUGGAGCGCUAUGCAUCAUCAACCCGCUGUACCUCCACGAACACGGGGACAACUGGCUGAUGGAGCAGCCUCCUUCCAAAACCGGCUCUUUGCUCGCCAGACAAACAGCCAGCCACAGGAGAGAGAGACGGCUGAGCACAACUAGGACCUGGCAAGGGGCAGGCUUACGCAAAUUUCGAGGGCCAUCGCUGGACCAAGAGCCUAGCAGCAUAGGAUGUGAUGGUUCGGCGUCCCCCGUGACCCAGCCUCCUGCUUCCCCCGCUGCUCCUGUGGUACUCAGGAGGUCCAGCCAGCCCACCCUUGACUCCUUCAAGAGAAGAGGACACAGGGGAUCUGCAGAGGAUAUCGUGACCUCCAGGGAGUCCACGCCGCUAAGCAGCCCUAUCCCACAAUCCCCACACCGUGUGUCUUGGAUUGAAGACGGGGUGUGGAUGUCCCCCCCUCCGCUCAUUUCUCUGCUUCACCCUCCCAGCCUGGAGCUAGACUCCCUGUCCAUAAGUAGUCUUGAGGACGAGUCUGAGUCCAUCCCAAGCCCUGCCCACACCCCCACUCACCGCCUCCCAUUGGUCCUGGCUGACAAGGUAAAGCACCGCCUCUCAGCUGUGGGACAGGCUAUAGGUGGCCUCAUGUCGCCACAGAAGCGACUCACCUACAGGGUGCAGGAGCUGAGCGAACGGAAGAGCGGGGCCUUUGCGGAGGGUGUACGGGCUUUCGUGGAGAAGAUCCAGAAAGGCGGCGCUGGCCUCCACCCCUCCGCAACCGAACUGCUGCAGGAAGUGCGAGGCACCCUCACGAGCCUCCGGGAGCUCCUACUGGACAGUCCAGAAAUACAUGCCCUGAUCGACAGCAUGGGGGACAUGGCCGAGUGGGACAUUGAUGCGAUGCUUGAGCUCGCCAUACACAAGGCGCUACUCAAGCCGGUUCAGACCUACCUCUACGCCUCUCUCCUGGACUACCGUAACCGUGACGGCUCCAUGCAGCGCUUAAAGGAAAACCAGAAUACCAUGGGGAAGCAAAAUCCCGAGGCCCUCGGUGCCGCCGAGGGGGCGGGGCUCCCGGACGCCGUGAUUCUCGAGAAGAUCCAGCAGCGGUGGGCUUCUAUGCACCAGGCCUACUCACCCACCAAGAAGGUUCAAAUCCUGCUCAAGGUCUGCAAGAGCAUCUAUCACAGCAUGAGCGCCAACUCCAGCCCAGGGGCGGCGUACGGGGCUGACGACUUCCUACCCUGCCUCACCUGGGUCAUUCUGAGAAGCGAUAUCUCCAUUCUGCAGCUGGACACCGACUACAUGAUGGAGCUUUUGGACCCGGCGCAGCUUCAGGGUGAAGGUGGGUAUUACCUGACCUCUCUCUACGGCUCCCUGUUUCACAUCAGUAGCUUCCGGUCUCGUUUUGCAACUCGGCAGCUGAGCAGCGAGGCCCAGCGCUCCCUCAGCCAGUGGCACCGCAGGCGCACCUUGCACUGCGACCGCUCGCGGAGGACCGGUAACAGGAGGACCAUUCGGAAGCUUUCCUCUAGAGAGAGGGCGGGGCCACAGACAGAGGCGGAGCUACAGGAUAGACGGAUGCCCCCCGAUAGCCCGGAGGAGGAGCGCGAGACACGUGCGUCCUCCGCGAGUCAAGCGGACAUGCAUCACAAAGCCGAAGGAGGCCUGGAGGACGUGAAGGAAGAAGAGGACAGCAGACCGGAGGGUCCGGCUGAAGAGUGCCACGGCAACGCUCGGCUCAAGAGCGCAGAGAGGGGCCCCGAAUCCGAGGAAAGCGUCGAGGUGCUGAGGACGACGAGGGGCAAACCCGCGCAAAGUCCGAAAAAAGGGAGCGACGGACGACCCUGGAGCGAGCCCAGGGGCCACGAGGUGCUCUGGGCUGUGCAUGAAGACACCGACAGAGACUCGCAAGACAAAAAGGAGAAAGCCCUGAGCAGGCUGUCUACCUGAGGGAGGGCCAUUAAAGAGGCCGAGACAGCGACCCCUAAGCAUCGGGAUGAGAUGAGCAGCCUGCUGGAGGGACCGUCCCGAACGCCCAGCGUGCCAAGAAAAUGCGUUCUGACUAAAUAAGAGGGGUUACUUGAACAACUGAGAAUGUCUUCACUUCAUGUCAGCAAUAGUCGAACAAGCAUUUCUUCCAGUAUUAUUAAUAUGAUAUAUUAA